CUCCCUGAGAGUUCAGGUGUGAUAAACUCCUGGAACAGGGGGGCUGAGCAUGAUCCUGGUUUUGGGGGCUGGAGCUUCAUCCGCGAGCGGCUGGGACGGUGCUGGUCUGAGCUGGACUUUGUCUGAUGGCUUCCUCCAGUCCUCCUCCACACGCUGCUACAGGAGAUCAGCUGGUUCCUGGAGGAGGCCUAGGCCCCUCCCCAGAGGCGGAGGACGACCCUGGAGAGCCCUUUGAGUUUGACGACAGUGACGAUGACGAGGACACCAGUGCUGGCCUGGGCGUGCCAGGCGUUGCUCCAGAGGACACAGACGCCCCACUGAUCCAUUUGGACGCGGCCCCUGUCGCGGACCCAGACCCAGCGGCCUCCCCGCCCCAGACACAGGUGCCGGCUGUGGUGAGCAAUGGAGAUGCUGUGGACACAGCUUUGUCCGGGGUCCGGCGCUCCAGCUGGAAGCGGAAGAGUUCCCGUCGAAUCGACCGCUUCACUUUCCCCGCCCUGGAUGAAGAUGUGAUUUAUGACGACGUCCCGUGUGAGAACCUGGAUGCCCGUCAGCCCGGGGCGGAGAGGAGCCUGCUGUACGAGGAUGUGCGCCAGGACGGGGCGCCCAGGGAGGCCGAGGACCUAGGCUGGAGCUCCAGCGAGUUUGAGAGCUACAGCGAGGACUCCGGAGAGGAGGCCAAGCCGGAGGCGGAGCCCGCCAGGCACCGAGUGUCCUUCCAGCCCAAGCUUUCUCCAGACCUGACUAGGCUAAAGGAGAGAUACGCCAGGACUAAGAGAGACAUCUUGGCUUUAAGAGUUGGGGGGAGAGACAUGCAGGAGCUGAAGCACAAGUACGAUUGUAAGAUGACCCAGUUCAUGAAGGCCGCCAGGAGCGGGACCAAGGACGGGCUGGAGAAGACGAGGAUCGCCGUCCUGCGUAAAGUGUCCUUCCUGCACAGGAAAGACGUCCUCGGUGACUCGGAGGACGAGGACAUGGGGCUCCUGGAGGUCAGCGUCACGGACAUCAAGCCCCCAGCCCCGGAGCUGGGCCCCAUGCCCGAUGGCCUGAGCCCUCAGCAGGUGGUCCGGAGGCACAUCCUGGGCUCCAUCGUGCAGAGCGAAGGCAGCUACGUGGAGUCUUUGAAACGGGUCCUCCAGGAUUACCGCAACCCUCUGGUGGAGAUGGAGCCCAAGGCGCUGAGCCUCCGCAAGUGCCAGGUGGUGUUCUUCCGCGUGAAGGAGAUCCUGCACUGCCACUCCAUGUUCCAGAUCGCCCUGUCCUCCCGCGUGGCCGAGUGGGACGCCUCCGAGAAGAUCGGGGACCUCUUCGUGGCUUCGUUCUCCAAGUCCAUGGUGCUCGACGUGUACAGCGACUACGUGAACAACUUCACCAACGCCAUGUCCAUCAUCAAGAAGGCCUGUCUCACCAAGCCCGCCUUCCUCGAGUUCCUCAAGCGGCGGCAGGUGUGUAGCCCCGACCGCGUCACGCUCUACGGGCUGAUGGUGAAGCCCAUCCAGAGGUUCCCGCAGUUCAUCCUCCUGCUUCAGGACAUGCUGAAGAACACCCCCAGGGGCCACCCGGACAGGCUCUCGCUGCAGCUGGCCCUCACGGAGCUGGAGACGCUGGCCGAGAAGCUCAAUGAGCAGAAGCGGCUCGCUGACCAGGUGGCCGAGAUCCAGCAGCUGACCAAGAGCGUCAGCGACCGCAGCAGCCUCAACAAGCUGUUGACCUCGGGCCAGAGGCAGCUGCUCCUCUGUGAGACGCUGACGGAGACGGUGUACGGUGACCGCGGGCAGCUGAUCAAGUCCAAGGAGCGCAGGGUCUUCCUGCUCAACGACAUGCUGGUCUGCGCCAACAUCAACUUCAAGCCUGCCAACCACAGGGGCCAGCUGGAGAUCAGCAGCCUGGUGCCCCUGGGGCCCAAGUACGUGGUGAAGUGGAACACGGCACUGCCCCAGGUGCAGGUGGUGGAGGUGGGCCAGGAGGGCGGCUCCUACGACAAGGACAAUGUGCUCAUCCAGCACGCCGGCGCCAAGAAGGCCUCUGCCUCGGGCCAGGCUCAGAGUAAGGUGUACUUCGGUCCCCCGCGACUCUUCCAGGAGCUGCAGGACCUGCAGAAGGACCUGGCCGUGGUGGAGCAGAUCACCCUCCUCAUCAGCACGCUGCACGGCACCUACCAGAACCUGAACAUGACCGUGGCUCAAGACUGGUGCCUGGCCCUGCAGAGGCUGAUGCGGGUGAAGGAGGAGGAGAUCCAAUCGGCCAACAAGUGCCGCCUCCGGCUCCUGCUUCCCGGGAAACCUGACAAGUCUGGCCGUCCCAUCAGCUUCAUGGUGGUCUUCAUCACCCCCAACCCCCUGAGCAAGAUCUCCUGGGUCAACAGGUUGCACCUGGCCAAGAUUGGACUCCGAGAGGAGAACCAGCCAGGCUGGCGAUGUCCGGACGAGGACAAGAAGAGCAAAGCCCCGUUCUGGUGCCCAACCCUGGCCUGCUGCAUCCCCGCCUUCUCCUCGCGGGGCCUCAGCCUGCAGCUUGGGGCUCUGGUCCACAGUCCUGUCAGCUCUCCCCUGCUGGGCUUCUCGGCGGUCAGCACCUCCCUUCCACAGGGCUACCUCUGGGUUGGGGGAGGUCAGGAGGGCGCAGGAGGCCAGGUCGAGAUCUUUUCCCUGAACCGGCCCUCACCCCGCACGGUCAAGUCCUUCCCGCUGGCGGCCCCCGUGCUCUGCAUGGAGUACAUUCCUGAGCCGGAGGAAGGGGAGAGUGGGGAUGGAGACAAAGACGAGAGCCACACGGCUGCUGACCCCUCCUCUGCGGUGCAUCCGACCAUCUGCCUGGGGCUCCAGGAUGGCAGCAUCCUGAUCUACAGCAGCGUGGACACGGGCACCCAGUGCCUGGCGACCUGCAGGAGCCCAGGCCUGCAGCCCGUGCUCUGCCUGCGACACAGCCCCUUCCACCUGUUUGCCGGCCUGCAGGACGGGACCCUCGCCGCCUACCCUCGGACCAGCGGAGAUGUGCCCUGGGACCUGGAGAGCCCUCCCGUGUGCCUGACAGUGGGGCCAGGGCCCAUCCGCACCCUGCUGAGCCUGGAGGACGCCGUGUGGGCCAGCUGUGGGCCUCGGGUCACGGUCCUGGACGCCACCAGCUUGCAGACUCAGCAAAGCUUCGAGGCGCACCAGGAUGAGGCCGUGAGCGUGACGCACAUGGUGAAGGCGGGCAGCGGCGUCUGGAUGGCCUUCUCCUCCGGCUCCUCCAUCCGCCUCUUCCACACGGAGACGCUGGAGCACCUGCAAGAGAUCAACAUCGCCACCAGGACCACCUUCCUCCUGCCAGGCCAGAAGCAUGUGUGCGUCACCAGCCUCCUGAUCUGCCAGGGUCUGCUCUGGGUGGGCACCGACCAGGGUGUCAUCGUCCUGCUGCCCGUGCCUCGGCUGGAAGGCAUCCCCAAGAUCACAGGGAAAGGCAUGGUCUCCCUCAACGGUCACUGCGGGCCUGUGACCUUCCUGGCCGUGGCUACCAGCAUCUUGGCCCUGGACAUCCUACGGAGUGACCAGGAGGAGGCCGAGGGCCCCAGGGCCGAGGAGGACAAGCCGGACGGGCAGGCUCCUGAGCCAGCGCCCGCGCCCUCCAGCCACGUGGCCUCCGCCCUGGAGCACAGCGAGGAGGACGGCUCCAUCUACGAGAUGGCUGACGACCCUGACGUCUGGGUGCGCAGUCGGCCCUGCGCCCGCGAUGCCCACCGCAAGGAGAUCUGCUCCGUGGCCAUCAUCUCCGGCGGGCUGGGCUACCGGAACUUCGGCAGCGCCUCGGGUGUGGGCGGGAGGCCGGCCUCCUGCGGGGAGAUGGACAGCACCCUCCUCAUUUGGCAGGUGCCCUUGUUGACGCUAUAGCCCCCACCCAGGGAGCACAGCUGCAGCCGUGCCCCGCUCUCAGCCUGCGUGGGAUCUUCAGCCAGCCAGGGCCCCGGGAAUGUGGGUGGAAUCGCCUUCCAGGGACCUGCCCAGGGCUGUGUGGAGGGGCCUGGGUCUCUAGUAACAACCCCAGGUAGACAGGCCUGAGACUCUAGUAACUACCCAGGUGGAGGGGCCUGGGUCUGUAGUUACUACCCCAGGUGGAUGGGCCUGGGUCUGUAGUUACUACCCCAGGGGUACAGGCCUGGGUCUCUAAUAACUACCCAGGAGGAGAGGCCUGGGUCUGUAAUAACUACCCAGGUGGAUGGGCCUGGGUCUGUAGUAACUACCCAGGGGGACAGGCCUGGGUCUGUAGUUACUACCCAGGGGGACAGGCCUGGGUCUGUAGUAACUACCCCAGGUGGACGGUCCUGGGUCUCUAGUAACUACCCAGGUGGACAGGCCUGGGUCUCUAAUAACUACCCAGGUGGAGGGGCCUGGGUCUGUAGUAGUUACUACCCCAGGUGGACAGGCCUGGGUCUCUAGUAACUACCCCAAGUGGAUGGGCCUGGGUCUCUAGUAACUAGCCAGGUGGACGGGCCUGAGUCUCUAGUAACUACCCCAGGGGGACGGGCCUGGGUCUCUAAUAACUAGCCAGGGGGACGGGCCUGGGUCUCUAGUAACUUCCCCAGGGGGACGGGCCUGGGUCUCUAGUAACUUCCCCAGGGGGACGGGCCUGGGUCUCUAGUAACUUCCCCAGGGGGACGGGCCUGGGUCUCUAGUAACUUCCCCAGGGGGACGGGCCUGGGUCUCUAGUAACUUCCCCAGGGGGACGGGCCUGGGUCUCUAGUAACUUCCCCAGGGGGACGGGCCUGGGUCUCUAGUAACUUCCCCAGGGGGACGGGCCUGGGUCUCUAGUAACUUCCCCAGGGGGACGGGCCUGGGUCUCUAGUAACUUCCCCAGGGGGACGGGCCUGGGUCUCUAGUAACUACCCAGGUGGAGGGGCCUGAGUCUCUAGUUACUAUCCGAGGCGGAGGGGCCUGGGUCUCUAAUAACUAGCCAGGUGGACGGGCCUGGGUCUCUAAUAACUACCCAGGGGGACGGGCCUGGGUCUCUAGUAACUACCCUAGGGGGAGGGGCCUAGGUCUCUAGUUACUGCCCCUGGUGGACAGGCCUGGGUCUCUAGUAACUACCCCAGGGGCACGGGCCUGGUUCUCUAGUAACUACCCCAGGUGGAUGGGCCUGGGUCUCUAGUAACUACCCAGGGGGACGGGCCUGAGUCUCUAGUUACUAUCCGAGGCGGAGGGGCCUGGGUCUCUAAUAACUAGCCAGGGGGACGGGCCUGGGGCUCUAAUAACUACCCAGGGGGACGGGCCUGGGUCUCUAGUAACUACCCUAGGGGGAGGGGCCUAGGUCUCUAGUUACUGCCCCUGGUGGACAGGCCUGGGUCUCUAGUAACUACCCCAGGGGCACGGGCCUGGUUCUCUAGUAACUACCCCAGGUGGAUGGGCCUGGGUCUCUAGUAACUACCCAGGGGGACGGGCCUGAGUCUCUAGUUACUAUCCGAGGCGGAGGGGCCUGGGUCUCUAAUAACUAGCCAGGGGGACGGGCCUGGGGCUCUAAUAACUACCCAGGGGGACGGGCCUGGGUCUCUAGUAACUACCCCAGGGGCACGGGCCUGGUUCUCUAGUAACUACCCAGGGGGACGGGCCUGAGUCUCUAGUUACUAUCCGAGGUGGAGGGGCCUGGGUCUCUAGUUACUACCCAUGUGGACAGGCUGGGUCUCUAGUAACCACCCAGGUGGACAGGCCUGAUCUCUAGUAACUGUCUUGGCUGAGCAGAGGAAGACCUCUUCCUUUUAAAACAAGAUAAAAUUUAGAGUUUGGGGGAGGGGCUUGGGUUUGUGGAGAGGGAAGAAUCCUCUGGAGGAAAUGGCUUUUUUAAAAAAACAAAACACAAAACCUCACAACUGCCUGACAAGCCCAGCGCCUCUUGUCCGGGCCGAGCGGGGCUCAGAGGCGGCCCGCGCCCCUCCUGGAAGGGCGUGAGCGUGUGCGUGUAUGAGAGCGUGUGGGCUGGUGUGUGAAUAUAUAUAAAUACGUAUAUAUGGUGUAUAUUAUCUGUGUAUAAAUAAAGUCUGUACAUAUUGGAGCUCUGGGAGAUGCUGGAAUAAAAGGCGAGAAUAACAUCG